CUGGUCAGUGAAUCAUUUAUCUACUUAUUCUGCUAAGUCAGCGAGCCAUUUAUUGACACGCGCAUUCCAUUCCAUCCGUUAUUAUGUUUUCAUGUGAGCCAAAAAAUAAAAAAUAAAAAAAUUCCACAUAUGAUGUGCGUGGGCCCGAGUCCAAUUUCACAAAGGUUUCAGACUUGAUUAGAAUGGGCAUCGUCGUCAAGUCACACUAGGAAGAAGGAAGGAAGGAAGCGGUGUUACGGUACAGAGAGCGACAGACAGGGAGACACACAGGAAGAGAGAGAUGGGUUUGCUUACCCACAGAGUGGAGCGUAAUGAGAUCAAGCCAGGCGAUCAUAUCUAUACAUACAGAGCUAUCUUCACCUAUUCUCACCAUGGUAUUUUUGUUGGUGGAAGCAAGGUGGUACAUUUUAGACCUGAGCGAAACUUAAAGUCAAUUGCUGAGACAUCUUCCAACUUGGAUGACGAUGAAACCUCAAGUCCUUGUCCAACCUUCCCUGACUGUGGAUUCAGGCAGCCAAAUAGCGGUGUAGUUCUCUCUUGUCUGGACUGCUUCCUUCGAAAUGGAUCCCUUUACUGUUUUGAGUAUGGCGUUUCGCCAUCAGUUUUUAUGGCCAAAAUACGGGGUGGCACGUGCACUACCGCACCAUCUGAUCCUCCGGAAUCUGUUAUCCAGAGGGCAAUGUAUCUUCUCCAAAAUGGCUUCGGCAGUUAUGAUGUGUUUCAGAACAACUGUGAGGAUUUUGCCAUGUACUGCAAAACCGGUCUUCUGAUAGUAGAUAAGCAAGGGGUGGGAAGAAGUGGUCAAGCUUCUUCUGUCAUUGGAGCUCCUUUGGCUGCUGUACUUUCUUCCCCCCUCAAGUUGUUGAUGCCAAGUCCUGUCGGUGUGGCUACUGUAACGGCCGGAAUGUACUGUAUGAGCCGAUAUGCUACUGAUAUUGGUGUUAGAAGCGAUGUAAUCAAGGUGGCAGUGGAGGACUUGGCUGUGAACCUGGGAUGGACAAAUUCUAAUGAAGAAGUAGCUGAAAAUUAAACUUCCAACUGACAGAUUGCCAGAUGAUCUUUGCUUUUCCUUGUUCUGCACAUGAAAUUGCAGCAAUGUGUAGCUGUUAUAUAGUCAAUGUUCGCUAGAUAUAUUUCUUGCCUUCCUGUUCAUUUGAUUCUGGACAACUAUCUUAGAGACCAUAUUGUUGUCUAGUUAUUCAGGUUGUGCAUGGAAUGGAGUACAGUUAAUCUGAUAAUUAAUAAAAUAGCAUUGGUCUGUUUUCUCCCAAGAA